CUCCCACAUGGGCCUGUGUGAGCGGAAACGAGGAUGAGAUACAGUAACACUGGGAGCACAGGGGCCAGUCUCACUCAGGACUUGGAACUCUCACUAUGGGGAACCUGAGCUGCAUCCCCCAGCCCCACCGUCAGCUGCGUUACUCGUUCAGCAGGAAGAACUCCCUGCCAGGCAAAGAGUAAGUUAUAGGCUGGGGAUCCAGCCCUGGCACUCACAGGGUUAAUCUACAACUUUAAAUAAACUUAGAUGGGAAAAAUACUAAAAUAAAAAAAUAUAUACAUUAUAGUUUAUAGGUAAUAUAUAGACUAACAUGUUAUUGAUUUGUGUUUUUUUUAUUUAUUUAUUUUUUUAAAUGUGUUUUGUGUGUGUGUGUGUUUUAUAGCAUCACUUUAAAAUAAUAAUAUAAUUACUACUUUAAAUGUAUGUUGAUCUAUUGCCCAAAUGUGAAUUCUUUAUUAUUGACCCUAGAGAAAUGUAUAACUUUUUAUUUUUUAUUCAUUUAUUUGUCAUUUCUCUUGUUUUUUUUUUUUUUUCUAAUUCUUGAACUGAGAGUACAAUUUGAUUUGAGUUUGAAUUCUUGGGUCACGUGACACGACAGUCUAACAUUUUAGUGUUAAAGUCUUGUUUAAUUGGGGUUCUAAAUGAGUUUCAUUAGUGAUGAGUCUUAAUAAUUGACAGGUAGAGUUUCUGAACUGGUGUUUUGGUAGUGUGUACUAUAAAGGUGAAAUCUAUCAAUUCUGGUAGUUGUGUUAUGUGCUGCUCUUCUCCGAUCUUUGAAUACUUGAGAACUAAAAUCCUAAUGGCAAGAUUUAGGCAAUCACCUGAUCUGGGGGGAAAAAAUCUCCAAUUUUACUCCUAGAGUAACAGUUUGCCUAUUUUAGCCUCAAUUAUUUGUUGGCGCUAUAUAAAUAUAAUAAUAAUUUUGCAAUGUUGAAUUCUAGCUUGCUACAAUUUGCAGUUUAGUGAAACCUCUGAUACUGUAUUUGUAUGUUGGAUGUGCUGAAUAAUCUGUUUCUAGGCUUAGUUCUGCUGAUGCACCACACCUAUUGCAGAACCUCUUGGGUGAGAGAUUUUGGCAGUCCUCUAGCUGCCUGGCUGAAUUAUUGUCAUGACUGACAGAUCAGCUUUCCAAAAAAUGUUCUAACUACCGCCUUAGCUUUUCUGGGCUCUGGUGAUCAGAUGAACUUUUACAGUGGCCCAACUGACCAGUUCUGGGACUCAAAUUAUAUUGUCCUGUCCAUCUGAUCACUUUUUUUUUUCACUGUUAUUUAUUGAGGUCCUUGAUCGGUUGGAGUAUGUGACAAGACUUGAAGAUGUGAUCUGUAUAUUUAUGUAACAAUACCCAAGUUUAUUCACCAAAUGGAGAAUUGACCAUGAAAUUUUCAAAUUUUUUUUUUUUUUUUUUUUUUAAAUCAAAAUAGCUGAAUUGGAAAAAUGUAAACAGUUAAGCUUUUUAUUUAUUUACGGCUUACCCGCUUUAGGUUAAAAAGUGAAAUUCUGUGUGCAAUUUUCAUUUUAGUGAAUAAUCGCUCAGUGAUUUUCUAAAAUGACGUAUCAACAAGUAGCCCUUUCUAUUAUUGCCUGAGCUGUAUGACAGACUGAUCUAGUCUAUUGGCAAAAGAAUAGGUAACUACUUGGAAAACUCUCCUGCUGCUGUUUGAAAAGCACCAACGUGGUCUGCAGCGCUGUGCAAUGGUCAAACAAGACCUACAAGUAACUGUGACAAAACAAUUCAGGCACAAGGAAACAGUAGGUGGUAAAAGCCUUUUUAAAACAAAGUUUCAGCUGAUUGCUUGUCUGUUUCUAUUCCAAGACUGAACUUGCAUAACAAGAUAGGGCAUUUAAAAACUUUACAUGUGCUGCUGUGGUUAUUUUUUUUUCCUCCCUUGUUUAUUAUUAAAUCCCUAGGGAAUUUAAAAAAUAAAUAUAUAAUACAAAUAUAAACUUUGAGAUCACAACAAAAGGUGUUAAUGGUUUAGGAGAGGUCCUUCUUAGCUUGUGGAAGUAAUGUUUCAAGCCAUCUGGCAGUUAAAAGGUUAAUACAGAUAACCCUUUUUGCAUGCCAAAAGGUUUCUAAUUGGGUUUCAUCUGAAUUUGAAUACUGGACUACUAUACCCCAGGGGCCCUAGAGCUGCAUCCCUCCCCCACCCUUAGUUUCUGGCAGUCCCUGCAUUCAUUGUGCUAAAUUGCCCCAUAAUAAUGCAAUCACUUGUAACUGUUUACACAUACACUGGAUUGUGUUCAUACAAGGGCUGCUGGUGUAAAUGGGUUUCAAGAAAAAUUAAACAGCUUCUAUCAUUUUCACUAAGCAUUAGGGCUUAUUCCAAGUGAGUAACACAUUAGGAGAUAAUAUAAAAUAAAUGUGUCUCUUCAAUGUUCUUGUACGUAUGUGGGUGUUUUUUUUUUUUUUUUGUUUGUUUUGUUUUUGUUAGUAUAUUAAAUAGGUGGUGGUCAAUUUUAAGUUUUUUUUUUUUUUUUCCUCUCUCUCCCAUUGAGGCAUUAAACGUUUGGCAUGCAUAUAUUUCCAAGUACAAAUAUAAAAGCUUGUAAGCUCGUUUAAGCAGGGCGUUCUUUUGUAUGUCAACAUUAUUUUUAUCUGUCUGUAAAGUGCUGUGGAAAAUGUUAGAGCUAAUUAAAUGCUAAUGAUCAAACAUAGGAGAUUUUACAGACUAUAGUGAUGAUAGAAGCAUAUUUAACUUUAAAAUUAUUAUAUGGUCGCUAAGUGAAAUUUUGCAGAGAUAGCAUUCUGGCAUGCCAAGUGUGAGUAUUUUAUUCCAAAAGUAAAAUCUUAAAGCACCAGUUUGGGCACCACAACAACUUAAUCAAAAUGAAGUUGAUAUGGUGCCAUGGGGUCCCUGGCGCAGCCUCGCCUUCAGAGGUUAAACCGUUCAUCAACUGUUUAACUCGAAAGUCUGUGUUACAACGCUAGAUUGCUUUGCCUCCUGUCCUUCCGCUUUCUGAAAGCCUACAUAAAGUGUACAGCGCUACGGAAUCUGAUGGCGCUAUAUAAAUAAUACAAUAAUAAUCAUAAAGGAAGGAUUGGCCAGGGGGUUCCCCUGAUUGGCUUAGAACGGUCAGCUGGCGCUCUAAGCUGAUCAGCAUCGCGCCAACCCAAUGAUGCCUGAUCCUUCCAUUUUUAUAUAGGAUUUCAGAAAACUUAAGGACAGAGAAUUUUGCUCUGUAACACAGAUUUUGGGGUUAACAAGUUUGUCAUUAGUUUACCCCCUAAAGGUGAGGCAGCGCCAGGGACCUUCUGGCACUAUAACAACUUAAAGAUGAACUGGUUAUGGUGCCCAAACUGGUACUUUAACCAUUGCUUUCUUUCUCUAGAAUUUAUAUCUUAUUUUUUUUUGUUUUUUAUAUUAUAUCUACCGACUCUACUGGGAGGCAGUUGCAUAUCACUACCACUAUUUUUAAACCACUAAAAAUAAAUAAUAAAAAAAAUCUUCCAAAUUAAGACGAUGACUUACAGAAGUUAACUUCUGGGUAUUUCUUUGCCAGUGGAGAGUGAGAGGUUUCCCUUUUUUGACAUAUUUAACAAGGAGUUUGAGGCGACUUCGGUAUGAAAUUCUGUCCAAUAAGCAGGGCACUGUUGCAUACCAUUGCAAGCAGUGAAUUGGAGAUCUUUUUGCUUGUCUGAUUAUGUGUCUGGGAAUCAACUCUGCCCAACAAAUGAUGGCUUAAAGAACCAACCCUGUUGGAAUUUCGUGAUAUUUGUAUUGCCAGGCAGGACUAAAACAUUCUUAUCUAGACUUGUUCAGUCUGACCUAUCUGUUUACUUUGUAUCAUUAAAUAGCCCCUGUAAUCUUUCCCUGUCUGUUAAAAAUGCCUGGUGCUGUAUAUUAAACCUGUCAAUGUGCAUGUGCCCUUGUAAUAAAAUUUGGUAUAUUUCAGCAUUAUUAUAUAUCGUUCCAAGAUUGGGCCUAAACACAUUCAAAGCUCCCUGGAUACUGGUAUAAUUAAACCAGGCACAAUACAUCAGUUUAGUUUUGUAACUUUUUUUUUCUGUAUUGAUAAUUCAUUUCAUGUUUUCUUACAUCAUGUUGUGCCCAAAUAAUUGAACAGUGUGUUUUAACCCCUUAAGGACACAUGACAUGUGACAUGUCAUGAUUUCCUUUUAUUCCAGAAGUUUGGUCCUUAAGGGGUUAAAUAAUGUGACCCUUAAAGGGCUAUUGCAAAAGAUUGCUUUAGAGAUUAGAUUAUGCAUUAUAACAUUCACAAGGUUUGUAGUGUCACUUGUUAUCAAAUAAUUUUUUCUGUUUUGCUUGACUUUUUAAAUUAAAUAUGGAAAUAAAUCUGCAAAACUGGACUCAUGGAAGCAGCCAUUUUGGACUUCCUAGCAGAAUGAAGCUGACUAUGUUUGCUGACCAUUGUCUUGUCAUUUUAUUAGCAAUAUUAUGAUAAAAUUUCCUACAGCAUUGCUUAUAAUUAGAUGUAAUUAAUUAGGCAAUUCUAGUCUUCAAUAUUGCUUGUCAUAGUGAAGGCAAUUUUUAUUUUAUUUUUCACAAACCAUUAAAUGAACUCAACUAAUUUCCAUGCAGCACAUCUCCCAAUUUUUUUUUAAGUUUUAGGGGGACAAUAACUAAUAAAGGAAUGGGUAGUUUAGUAUCUCCUCAUAUAAACAUCUCUUUUAAAGCGUUUAACCUCCUGUAUUGCUCGUGGUGUCAAUAUGACAUCUCAUAACAAACAUCUCACGACAAAUGCUUGUGUGCAGCUAGCGAUGAAAGGAUUGUGUGCAAAGCAUUUCAUCACCCUGUCUUUUUGUAGGCAAGACAGCAGAACUAAGUGGACAUAUUUGUUUGGGAAUGAAAGUGGCGUUGGAAGAGUGACAAAUUCGGACAACAUUCUGCACUACAUCCCAGGGAAGGUAAGAAACCGUGGCCGUCCAUUAUUUAUAUAUACGUAUUAAAGUUGUUUGUUUUGUAAUUGUCAGAAAUAUAAUUUUUAAAUAAUUUGUGUCUCCAAGCUAAGAUGAUGUUAAAGUACUUCAAGUCUUUGUUUUUAGUAAAGAAAUCAACUUAGUCUUACAGUCUCUGCGUGAAUACAUGUAUAAUUGUACUUUAAUUAUCUGUGUAAGGGAAUGGAUUGUCUGGAUGUAAAUGGAUAAAUAUCUAAAAAUGUGCGCAUGCAAGAGAAGCGUAUUUUAAAAAAUAAUAUAAAAUAUAUAUAUAUUUUUUUUUUAAAAAGUGCAUAAAAAAAAAAAACUCUUUGGGAGUUAUAUGAAGCAAUGCAUAGUCUGGCGAUUUGGGAAGGAAAGUGUUAACCGUGGCUCUGGAUUCUGUUAUCUUGCAUGUGCAUACCCAUCUAUGCCUGGAAUUUGGGAUAGGCCCUCAGUAUUCCUUGUUACUCUAUAUUACUCAGAGACAGCCUGCUUGGACUAAGGGGGUCGUCUUGUAACAACUUUCCUUUUUAGACGGCUGAGUUUAGGUUUGUUACAAUGCAUAGUUACCAGUAUUUACCAGUAUUUACUGCGUCUGGCAGUGAAGCCAUUUUUUGAAGGUUAUGGUGGAAUGCUUGUAAAAUAGAAUCAGAUUUCAUUGGCUGUCAGUCUCUGCAUCCUUCACCAAUUGGCUGUCGAUUGGUAGUCGCACACUGAAGCUGUCUGAACUGAAACCGUAAUUUGUGUUGACAGUUGCUUGUAUAAAUUGUGUUUAUAGAGGUCACCGCUACUUAUAUUAGGUGAACUUUCCUAUAGAUUUUGUUACUGUGAAAAAAAGUUGCAUAUGUAUCCACGCCCUCAGGCAGGGGCGUCUAACCUUGUCCUCUAGGACUGUUGGGAUAUAUUUCUAUUGAUUGUCACCGAAGUAUGGGAAUCCUGUUACUAGAUGUAAGGGCGAGGCUCAACACCCCUGUUCUAAAAGAAAGGUUAACAUCGGUGAAACGCUAUUAAAAUCAGAACUGGUAUAGUUUGGAUAUUAUGCGCAAUUAAGAAAUGUGUAACAUUAAUUUCACCUAUUUUAUCUUUUUUUUUUUUUUUUUUUGCCAAAACAUUGGGGCUGAAAACUGGUCAGACUAGAUGGGCCAAAUGUUUUCUUACUUGCCGUCACAUUCUAUGUUUCUAUGAGAAUCCUGUAUUUAUGUAUCAUAACUAUCAAGAAAUUCUAGAAAUGUAUAAUUUUGUUAUUCUCUGGAGCUUUUCUUUUUAUCAUAAAUAAAUUACCGUAGAUCACCUUUUAUUAUAACUUACUCAAAUUCCUCAUAUCUGAUUCAGCUUCCUCUUUUUGUUCAAAAACAUCAAGGGGGAUUUUCUUAGGACAGAGCAGGUGAGACUGUGUUUUCAGCAGUAAUGUGUAUUUUGCAAUCUAGGAAUUGUAUAGUGGAAAGAAUGCAGAGAUAGAAAUAUUGGAACAGGUUUAUUGCGGAAGCAGUUUAAGGACUAAAGGUUUUUUUUUUUAUUUAAUUUUUUUGUUAUAACCUUUAUCACUUUUAAAGGACCACUAUAGUGCCCUGAGGGUGCUCCCGCCAGGCUGGAUGGCGAGGAAAGGGUUAAAUCUUACAUUUUUUUUCCAGCGCCGGGCGGGGAGCUCUCGUCCUCUUCGGCUGAAUGUGCAUGAGCGGCAUGAGCUGCGUGCGCAUUCAGCCAGUCUGAUAGGAAAGCAUUCAUAAUGCUUUCCUAUGGAUGCUGGCGUCUUCUCACUGUGAUUUUCUCACUAGAGGUUUUAGAGGCCGGAUUAAUCCAUUUAUAAACCUGCUAUGUUUAUUUAAAAAAAAAAAAAAAAAAGGGGUUAAUCCUAGAGGGACCUGGCACCUAGACCACUUCAUUAAGCUGAGGUGGUCUGGGUGCCUAGAGUGGUCCUUUAAGGAUAAAGGGGUUUAUUCACCUAACUGUAAGUUAUGAUAAACUGUGUUCAAUAUAAAGACAAAAUAUAGGCUACUUUGGUCUAAAUUUUGUUCAGCCCAUCACCAUGUGCUUAUGGAUAUAUUCACUAUAUCAGCCACUUACAAGAGGUUUGUAAACUUUGUCAUAUGUGCAAGCCUACUUUUGGCAACAUUGACCAAAAAGCUGGACCUUCAAAUGACUUUUACAAGUCACAUCUUGUGGUUCUUGCAUGCGCGAGAGUACAUCAGUGAUGCCUGUCACCAGGAGCAGAAAAGGACCGGAAGUAAGGACACACCGUAUCCGCAACAAGUUCAGGUAAGUAAAUCUUACCUCACCAGCCACCAACAAAGUCCCCAGAUGGUGAAAUUGCCACUUUAAUUGUUUUAGGCUACUUGUCAGAGUUUAAAAAGGCUAUUAAAUUUGCUUAUAAUCCAGCACUGAGACAGAUCCCUUUCUGAAAUCCCAACUAUCUACAGUGAAUCUUUAAGCUUAGUUAUAACUUUUGUUCAAUCAAAUGAUUGAUUCUUUUUUUUAAUAGGGAAGCAUUGGGGACACAUGCGCGGCAAUUGUCACAAGCUACCGAAGCACUGACUGUGCACCUAGUGUCCAACAUUGACAUACUUUGCAUGCAACACCAGACGCAAAAUAGAUUCAAUUAUUGAAUCUAAUUUUGUCCAAAACCCCUGUAUGUAGUGACUUUGGUGCCAAGACUGUUCCUUAAAUUAUCUCUGUGUAUUUAGGAAAAGUUAUACGCCUUUUAAUUAUGCAAAAACUAAAAAUAAAAGAUUUUGGUUCUACUGAUAUUCCUACAGUCUCUCGAUUUUAAAUUGUAACUUAUUAGUCUUUUAUUAUUUUUAAAUUAUGUGGACCAGCAACAUUACGCUGAAUUGAUAUUUACUGGUGGUAGUUGAGGUAUACAAAUUCAUUGGCAGUGUUUAUUGUAUUAGAAUAAAACAAGAGCGCAUAAUGGGCUAUUUAACUAAUCGGGGGUUGGGGGGGGGGGGGAGGAAUUCCCCGGGCUGGUUUCUGUAUGACUCACCCAGUCCUCUUUUUAAGACCAUAUAUCUCAGCAGAGCAGGUUGCAACACAUACCUGUGAUGACCUGGCUGUCUGAAAACAUGGCCGUAUUGGUGAUGAGCGUUUACUACAGCACCUUUACCAUAUACCUGACUGCUUCUGUUAGUAGUCUGUAACACAAUCACAGUCUGCAGAAGCUAAAAUGGAAUUUGUCAGAUUAUGUUUUAAUUGACGAGGGUCUCCAUUCACAAUGGGUGGGUUCCCAUUAUGAGAAUGUAGUGUUCAACAAUUACAGGGCUCAAGUUGGCCUGUUGGGUUUGUAAAUGUUUGGAUACUUGGACCGCUUACUACACGGCAGCCACAAAACACACGUACGUGUGUUGACAGAGAUUAUCUGCACACAUUCCUGCAGUGUCUGAACCAGACUAGUGAGUUUAUCAUUAAUGAAGGACACUCCUAUCUUUAUUUAAAAUUAAAAGCCAAUUAUCCCAGGUAGUGAUGAUCAUAAACCUGUUUGUCAUUAUGCAAUGUAUAGAUAGGGUUGGGUGUUUGUAAUCAUCCUGGCUUCGUGGGACAUCUCAUCAGGCACGCAGAUUUUAUUUUGUAGUGCAGGAAAAGCUGUUUAGUCAUAUGUUCUGGGAAGGAGGGGCGUGGGAACCUAAAAUUUGGGGUUUUUCAGUUCUUCCUUUGUGCUUUACGGAUCUGUCGCAUUACAGAGAAAAAUCCCAAAUUCAGUGUGUGUACCCUGAACCUUUAGGGAUCAUUUAAUUUCUGAUAAAAGCAAAAUCCCAAGAUCCCUGCCCCCCUCCCCAUCAUUCCAGGAAAUUAAGCAGAACAUUGGUAAUCCCUUAAUUUGUGUGUUCAAAGUGACUUUGCUUCUUUCGUAUUUAGUUCUCAAGUGAUCCCGAUUAUUCUAUUACAUGGCAAGCUGCUACAAAUCAUUUCAGUAUUAAAAAAAAAUCAAAAUCAAAAAUUCCCAUUUAAAUUUAAAAGUAGGCCAAAUGGAAGAGGCAAACGUUUAGAUUUUGGUCAGCAGUGUGAUAAGACAAUAAGUGUGAUCUCUUUAGGGAAAAAAAAAUUAUUUUAUUUGAUGUCAAGGUUGAUUGGAAUUCAAGCUGUUUUGCUACAAAACCCAUUGUUUGCUGUGCUCUGCUUGGUGGCUCCGAAACGACUGGCUUAAACGUGUUAAAAGGACAAUUUCCCUUGUCUCCUUGCCUCACACUUGGUGGCAAGUGUUAGACAGGAUCUGAUGCACUCAGUUCUUUUAACAUUCUGUGUUUAAAAUGGUUGGUAUACAUAAUUAGUGAAAACUGAGGAAAUCCUAGGGAAAAACUCAUUGCUCCUAUUAAACAAAAAGGAAGGAGUCCUUUUUAAGCUAAUGCGUAAAUCCACCUUUAACCUCACUUAAAUACAAUCCUUACAUUAGCACCUAUUUACUGCUCUUAGCAGACUAGGCCAAGAAUGGAAGAUCUAAAAUGAGGAGCCCAUAAGAUUAUCCAGGUGAAUAACGUGGGGGUUUAAUAAACGUGGACCACUUUGUGUAACCUCUUAAUAUCCCAUGUUUGGUCACAAAAUAGGGAAAUAAUCAGCUACCAUGAUCUAAAAGCCCACUUUAUCCUUUACAAUACAGUAUGCAUUUAAAUACAUACAAAUAAUGACCAGUGUGUAAAGAGAAUUAAUAACAAGGAAUGGAAGGAAAAUUAGUAAAUAUGGGUAUUUUCCUACCGUAGAAAAUCCCCUGCUGUGAUGUUAUUCAUCUCAUGACAUAGGAUGUUCUCUAUCCCAUUUAUUUAUUUAUAAAAUAUUUUACCAGGAUGGAUACAUUGAGAUUUCUCUAAUUUUUCAAAUAUGUCCUGGGCCUAGACUGACGACGAAUGCUGGUCCUGUGUCUUGGCAAACUAUAAUUCUAAUGUGGUGUGUGUGUGUGUGUGUGUGUGUAUAUAAAAGCUUAGACUUUAAAAAGCAUGCAAAUCAAAGCUAUAAAUUCAUAUAUAUUGUAAAUACAGAAAGUUUAUUAAAAAGAUGCACUAUAAAUGCUUCAUUUUAUUGAAGUGCUUAUAGUGUCUGGAGUCCCUAGUGCCAUCCAUCAUUUCAACCUAAAACCAGUUUUAAUGUUUUAGUGAUAAACAAGAGUUCCCAACCCCUCAGUGCUGUUUGGACUAGUGAGGAAGCAUUAUCUUGAGGGCAGCUGUGAUUGGCUGAGCGUGUCAGCUGACUUCUUUCACCCUAUCACAGCACCCAUUGCUGGUAUGGAUGUCUAUGGUUACAAGGAAGUGUGUAAGCUCUGCCUUAGCCACACCUCCAGUGGGGGUCGGACUCUGUGAAGCCAGGGACUCUUAUUGCUUGAAAAACAUUAAACGCUGAAUGGAGGGACAGUACCUGGAUCUCCAGGCACUAUAACUCAUUUAAUGAGAUGAAAUGGGUUUUGGUGCCUAUAGUGUAACUUUAAGACAAAUCAUUACAAAACAUAAAGUUUUCUAAAAGAUUACCUAACGAAAAUAAACUCUUGGCAUCUUUUUUUUUAUUUUUUUUUUCUGUCCCCAGCAAGGGACUGUAAGAAAACCGCUCAUUAUUCCCUGGUCUCCGUGUAUUCAUACAGUGCUGUCUUCAAAGUCCAUUCAUCCUAUUGAAUGUUAAGCCAGCAAUGUAGCCAUGCUGUGUGUUUAAAUCCCCAUUUUACAGUGUCCUAUGACAUUGCUUUCAGCGUGAAGGACAUUCUUGGGUGGAGAGGGCUAUCCUUUUUCCUAAUUCAGCAUUCCAACUUUCUAUCCAGUAAGUCCACUGGCUGCUGCCAAGAUUUGAUUCAAAUAUAGGACACCUGCAAUUUAAAGGCAAGAAUCCCCCAAGAACCCACGGUAUAAUUUUUAUAAUUGCAGUGUGUCAUGUUGGGGUGUGCUCCCAUCACCCCAGUUGCAGCUAUUAAUAUACUAUACAAGUGUGCCUCCACUCACAUACCUCGAGUGGCAUUUGUUUCCUUUUUCACCCUUCACCCUCUCUGUAAUGUAUUUAUAAUUACUGUGAAAUAUUUGCACCCAAGUAUUAAAGUGGCGCGCUGUACUAUAACAUUCUGCCUCAUUAUAGUGAUUGAUUAUUUAAUCAGAAGUUCCGUGCUAGUCAAUGCUGUUCCCUUUACACUGUUGUUGACGCCGUCAUACAAUAUCGAUCUAAUGACGAACAUCCACGUGUGACCAAAGAUGUUUCAAUACCCCCCCAGAUGUGUUGAGUCACUCACGUUUUUAUCGGGUGAUAAUUCACAAGCAAACACUUUUGCUGACCUAUACAGGAUUAACUCAAGUAUUGAGUUUAGAUAUUGUCCAAUUAACAGGGCGUGUGUGUGUUAUCUGCUAAAAAUGACAUGACUAAACCUAACUUAAUGUAACCGAAAUUGUGCCAUUUAACAUAUCAAUACAUUUAUGUACAAGCAUACGUAAAAUGACUGCUUGUGUUUAACAAAACAUUAGAAAGUUGCUAAAUAAAGUGCAAAUGACUGUUCCUAAAAUUGCAGCUUUUACCUACAAGUACAUUAAAAGAAUUCUAUUCUUGAAAACACCCCAAAUUACUUUUACAUUCCCCCAAAUCAUUGCUGUGUGGCUCGAUCACAACUGCACUUCUAAUCUCGUCGCCCACUUUCUUUACAUUUCAUGUUUAGAUGUGAAAUUGACCUACAUAGCAAUGGCCAUAGUAUGAAAUAAUAUUUAAAAACUUUAAAUUACUAAAGGACUUUAGGCACGUACCCACUUGUUUAGUGUUAAUAUUUUUUCUGUUACUCAUUGGUUAUGUUGAAGUGUGAUUUGUGUUGGAUCCAGGGUUUGUCUUUGAGUUUAUAUGCUGUUUGCAAAGAACAAUUUAGCUCAGAGCAUUUGUGUAAAGCUCAAAGCUCCCUCUAUUUAUAACUUUUAGGCUUUUGUGCGUCCUCAAACAUUAAAUGCCUGUGUACCUUGCUAAUCUGGUAACAUUUUGACAACAAUCUGUCUGUGAUCUGUCUAGGGAUUAGCCGAGGUCACACAUUACAGAUUGUAGGUGUGGAGGGAUGGUGGGAAUCUGUUCUGAAAAUGCACGCUUUCGUGAUCAACGUUAAAUAAAGCAGUAUACCUAUGUGGGUUCUAUAUUUGUGUAGGAAACACUCAACUUAACCAUAAUUGGACGUUCAAGCACAUCUGGAUCUUCAGUUUCAGUACAACCGUGGACAAUGUGAUGGUUAUUAAAGAAAGCCUAUAAUCCCUCUGCCUCGCAGAAACCGAUACUUCAGAUCUUUUUUUUGUAGAAAAUGAGGCGCGUUAACGGGUUAGCAGGAUUCAAUAAAUACUGAGCCGGAAGUUCCUUCAAUCGGGAUUUCUGCAGUAUCUGCUAAUUUUACAUGCAACCAGAUAUAGGAUCUGUAAUAUGAACAAGUCUCGCUAGAAGUGCCUUUUUAGUUUUCCAAAGAACCCACCUGCCAGCCUCUGGAAUUAGUGUGUCAAUGUUCAGCUUAAAUCUGAAAGGCAUCCUUUGGGUAAUAGCAGGACCUUCUUAAACUUGGCUUCUGUGUUUGAGAUAUUUCUUAAAUACUGUUGUAACACUUCCAAAACUAUUCAUGCAUAAUUUGUUUUAGCAGGUGUUCCUUUAAAUUCGUGAUGGGGUAUACGACUAUGCAUUAGAAUGAAGUGUUUGCAGAUUUUCCGAUUUGUUUCCAUCCGGUUAUUAAAAGAAAAUUGGUGACCUGUAGUUUUUGUCUUUUGUUCAACACAGUAGUACUUCACACCCAUGUUGGUAUCCAAAAUUAGGUUUCCAGUGGUUGAAGCCAGUAUGUCCUCUUCAUUGAGUUAAAUAAACUGUCUACAAUACAUUAGUUACUGUGCAAUGCAAACCAGUUGUGAUUCAAGUGUGUACAUAUGUGACAUGAAUGUAAUUUUUGUUAAAUUAAAUGUACUGGAUAUGACCUGACAUAAAUAGGUUGUCAAGCUAAUACCAGAGCAUUUGAGUCCUUGUUCAGAACAUUUAAAAGCAUUUGCAGAACUUGUGGCUGGGCUGCUGGUACCGGGGAGAACCUUGUUUGUGUCAAGUUGCUUGAAAAACGUUUAACACAGAACAGGGAGGCAAUGCCAUUGCCAUGCUAACAUCAUAACCACAACAGCAGGCAGUAGUGGUUAUAGUACAAAGGUGGUGUCCAUUAUAUUUUAAAGUUCUGCCACUUGAGUGGGUUCAUGGAAAGCAAAUACGCAGAACUCUUAAAGAAAAACUGUAUUUCACUAGUGGCAUUUUCUGAUUUAUUGAUCCACUUGAAAGCUGUAUAGAUUGCAUUGAAAUUAAAAGUAUAUUUUGACACCUACAUAGUAGAGUUGUAUCCAGAAACCAAGAUGGGUAAGGUAAAUGUGAACAAAAAGUGCUAAUGUCUUCUUCAGAUCUGUGAAUUUGGGGAUUGGCUUUUAGCAUGGUAUUACAAUUUACUCAUUUAUUUUGUUUAUGGAACAGUCUUUAAUCCCAUCGAUCUGGUAGCCAAAACCUGUACCGGCUUCUCAAAAUAUCCUCAUCCAUUACUCAUUUAUGCAGUGUAACUUUUUUUUUUUUUUUCCCUGAACAGGACAUUGGAAAUCAUGAUGUACAAAAGGACAACGUGGACCAAAGAUUUCUCAGCAUUUUCCGUAAGGGGAAGAAAAAAACGAUUGUCCGGAAUAUGGGGCAAAUGAUUCAUUACUCCAAAGUUAAAUUCCGCUUCCAGCACAGCCAGGUAAUUUUACUAAAAGCUACAUGAGAACCAGGAGUAUCAAACUGGGCAUUGUCAGCAGAAAUAUUUCCAAGUACAGUACUUGGGGAAAAAACAGUCUUUAUCUUGUAUUGAUCAUGGAGUAUGAUUAAUGGCUUGUGUGGACUUCCUGUGGGCACAUACAGCACUCCUCACCAUAAGGCACUGUAAAGUCACGUUUCCACUACCUGUAGAAUGAUGGGAAUUAAUACACUUGGUCUUAAAGGAUAACAACUGAAUCACCUGCAAGUGAUGUGUAUAUAUCCCUUCUAAUUUGGCUUAAAACUUUUUUUGGUGGGUACCCUGCAAUAAACUAAACCACCAUCCAUUGCAGAGGUAAGAAGGGUUAAAUCAAAAGUUAGCUGUUGAUAUCAGGCUUUCCUGUAAAGAGUCCAAGCAUUGCCCCUCCCGUCUUCACCUGUGACAUCCACACCUCUACAAUGUGUGACUCAUUUCCCAUUGCAGCCUGGACUCUGAGCUUGUGUCUGGCUGAUAAGGUUUUCUGUCUACCUGGAAGGUAUCACUAAUGCGUUCACUGCCAAGAGGUGGUUGCGUUGUGUUCUUGCCCCGUCACCCAAACAGUUAUUUCUCGCCAGCUGGAGUAAUAUUUACUUUCUUGGUCUUGUCGACUGAGUGACCUGUGUUCGUUAUAGAGAGAAUAUUCCCAAUCUACGGUAACUUUGUUACAAAUAAAUGGAAUACUGCACUGUCUGACACCAGGCGAGUUAACUGGUGAAAGACUUGGCAUGUGCCAUGAUUAGACUUGUGGGUACAGCAUGAAAUGUCAUGUGACAUUGCUGUCAUUUUAAUCUGUAUUGCUGCUCUGAGCAGAUAAAAACUGGUGGGAUUCCUAAAAAUAAUGAAAUAAAACAUGUUUGCUCAGUAUCAUCCGACUGCCUCUAAACCUCUUCAAACUGUUGAAGAAAUCACCGAAGUAAAACGUAACUAUUAUUAAUUAUUUCUGUCUGAGCGCUUUAGUCUGAAUCCUGUCUCCUAACCUUUGUCCUAGUUCAGGCAGUUUCAUAUUGAUUCCAAACCAACCGUUGCAAUGAUGUUCUUUUGUUAAUGGUGGGAGCUGGUGUUUACGGAAUAUCAGGCCGGUCUUGCUUGGGGGGAUUUUCUCGUUCAAAUAUUUUAUUUAUAUAUUUUUCUGUUGCAGGAUGUCAAUGACUGUUAUUUGGAGUUGUUCCAGUCAUACCUGUAUUUCCAGUCUCGCGGGCCCACUGGCUUGACCUAUCAGGUGGGUGUAUUAUUUAUUUAUUUAUUUUUGCCUCUUUCCUAUUCAUAGAUCUUCUUGCAAUCCUUUGUUAAAGUGUCAUGUCUAGUCUGUCACCGUAUGGGAGGAGGGGAGAGGAGAUGUUUCAUACUCACAACUUCCUAAGAACAUGAUACAAUGUGAUUUCACGUCAAUCCGAGUCAGAGCAACAUUACUCUGAUAGGUUUGUUUUGGACCUCUCAUAUACCUUCAAUUGUGUGUGUUUUUAUUACCUAUAAUUUAUUAUCCCAUCCACGUAUACACAUGCUUGAUGAUAUCUGAAUGCCACAAUGGUGAAAUACACUAAAAAUCACUGUACACAUCCACAUGACUUGAUAUUAGAUUGUUUAAUGCAGGUCUAUUCAUGGUGUCUGCUGUAUUGUCCAUUUUUUAUUUUCUGUUCUCACCAUUAUCUUUACUUACUUUAUCCCAGUGAUAACCUAAGAUAAUACUAGAUUAGACAGAUCCUUUUGAAAGAUGACCUGCUGUGUUUCCCCAGCUAUAAAGGAGUUUUCCUAACUCCAGUCUGUUUUAAUGGGUUAACUAAAAUGUUUUCAGUAAGAUUGGGGCAGGAGACACACAUCCAAGGUCGCAUAGGCUUUUAUUUGGAUUUAAGACAGACCUUGUGCCUCUCGAAUCUUCAAUAUUUUCCUAUUUCUCAUGUUAAUCUCUCUGUAAAGUAUAACAUUUUAACGCAAACAAUGUAGGAUUUGGAAACUGGCAGGCAGCGAAGAAUGUAGGCGUGUGGAUAUUUUUUUAUUUUUUUUUUCUAAUCUCAAAAAAGAAAAAUUAUCUGGGAUUUUAGUUGUUUAGUUUAGAUGUUUCAUUGCGGACUUGAAUAACCAACUAACAAUUAAAUAAAAUUGUGUUUUUAUUUAUUUAUUUCUUAAUAAUGCAUAGCUCCUGUUCAUUUGAUGUUUCCUAUUGGAAAAUAAUAAAAUCUAGGCAACUGUGAUUUAGAAAUCCUCUUGUCUAAUUUGCAUCAUAUCUGAACUCCCCCCAGCAUUUAGUCUCUUUGUGGAGACUUGAAAUAACACAAACAUAAACAGACAGUGGCAAUGUUUUUCUCCAAGUGUAUUUCUGAUUAUAGUAACAAACCAGUCCAGCCUUGCACCGUGGUACAGAAAGGGUACACCCAAACCAUGGUAUCUUUUUUUUUUUUUUUUUUUUUAAUGUAGCUGAUUAAGCUCUCUCUAUAAUCUAAAUAGCCUAUUCUUUAUGAAUUUCAUCUGGACCUCCGUAACUGUAUAUCACAUUGUUACGGUUUACAGUGACCUCUUUCUUAAAUUCUACAUGCCUUUUCAAAGAAUUUAGAUUGCACCCGUCUAAAGGCUUCUGUUAUUUUGCUACAGUUCUGCUGCAUGGCUGUUUUUACUUUCAAAUCUAGUAUAAUAAGCAGUUAUUAUCUCCAAGAACAGACUCGAAAAACAGACACCAGAAAUUGCAAGCCUGCAUGUUCUCCGAUCGCUUCAAAGAAAGGGAUGCAUCUUAAACCAGACCUUCCAAUGAUACGUUAUAUUUAUUGUGGAGGUUCCCACCAUUUGCGCAGCUUAAUGAGAGUCCAGAUCUCCAGAGCUCUUAGGGCAUGACCAUUCAAUAUAUAUCACAAUUUGAUGAAGGCUGUCCAGAAAAAAAACCCCAAAGCUGUUUCAUUUUGUAAAAAAGGCUAAAAUCAUUAGCAUCAUGUUUCUCAUUAAAUGCGUUCCAUAUUUUCAAUACCUGUAUUCUAGCACAAAAAUGAAUACUUGAGGCGCUAGAGCAGGGAUAGGCAACUUUCAGCACUCCCGAUGUUGUGGACUACAUCCCCCAUAAUGCUCUUACACACAUAAUGCUGGCAAAGCAUCAUGAGAGGUGUAGUCCAAAACAUCUGCUGUGCCGAAGGUUGCCUAUGCAUGUGCUAUCUGGUAUCUGGUACAUAAUGACUCAUUGUAAAAUCCCCUUGGCCAUAACACAUUAUUAAAACUGUCCUCGAUUUAUGGCACUCUAUCCCAUAUUCUCAUACAAAAUCAGUCACAUUAUGGUUUCGCCUUAUUAUUAUUUUAUAUAGCGCCAGCAAACUCCGCAGCGCUGUACAAUGUGCUUGCACGUGAUUUGGCCCUUCACAUGUCAAACUAGUAAAAAAGCAUAUAUGCAUUUAGCACCAAUAUGUGCUCUGUGUUAAUUUUGAUUUGGUCAUUUCAUUUUGAAAGUGAUAGAAAUCAGGUGGAUAAAAAAGUGUAUGCUUAACCCCUUAAGGACCAAAAUUCUGGAAUAAAAGGGAAUCAUGACGUGUGCUUAAGAGGUUAAAGAAAGUUAGUGUUUUUUGAAAAAAAAUUUUUUUGUUGUGUAAAAAUUAGUGUUUUUUAUUUAUUUUCAACUGCUGACAAAUGCCUUUUUAAAAAAAUAAAUAAUUUGAUAAGCUUUUCAAAUGGUUUGUAAAACUUUGCAAAACUUUUGAAAUGGUUUAUCUACAAAACGUCUCAUAGACUUUAAUAAGGCAAAGCGCCAUUUAAAAUAAUAAAUAAAUUUUUUUGUCUUUGUUCUGUGUAUGUAUCUGUUGAUAUUAAUCAUCUGCUGUGUGUGUUUUUGUGUGUGCAGGGUUUGGUGCCUUUAAAAGAGCUCAGCGUGUACAAGUUAGAGAGAUCUAAAGUUCCACCCAAGCCAGAGGAAGAGCAUGCUUUCAGGAUCACAGGUAAUGUGAGGGGUGUAAAUAUUUUAAUUACUACCCGCCCCCAGACUGGGGAACCCACUUACUGCUUUAGCAGCAGGGAGGAAACUGUGUAAUAGCUGUAUACACAUAGAUACGUUCUAUCAGUCUGAUUACAUUGAUCUUCCCAUGCUCCAUUAGUUCAACUGUUUCCUUCAAACAGAGUUCUAAUUCUCUAGCCCAUUAACUGAUGUAUUUGUGUGGGUGCAGUUUAAGCUGUAUAUGUAGAGCUGGGCUGAUUCCGUGUACUAUGGAGGGGUCUAUGAGGACGAUCUGGCCAUACAAGGCUGGGUUUCAAUAAAUGGUUUUGCACUUUGGAGCACUUGGGCAAUGACCAAAUAUAAUGUAACAAAAUGCCUGAAAUUUAGUAAAAAUAUUGCAAAUAGAAAACUGGAUCACCCGUAUAAUUCCCAUGGAAACCAAUGGCAUGCCUCUGCUGAUUAUUUUCUAUUUCUUUAUUUAUUGUGAUUUUUCUGUUUUGAGAACGCCUGUUAGUCACAUAUAUGUAAAGGGACUCCAGUAACAUUGUUGAGUUUGGUACUUGUUAUUUUCUCCAUAUUUCAACUCCUAUAGGACUUAUUUUUACCUGUAAUUCUAUCUCACAUAUAGAACAGGAACACUGAUAAUGUAAACCUAGAAAUGUGUUGUUUUGUCGUCAUAUUGAUCUAGAAACCACAACCUUAGAAUUUUCCAAUCUCCUGGAUAAACAAAUACAGUUACAACAGUUUAUGGACAUCUCUUAUUUAGUAAAUUAAAUCAAUAACUCUCUUCUCCUCCAACUGUGACUACAGAUCUAAUUUUUUUUUUUUUUUUAACACCAAGCCACUCAAGUAUUUGUAAAGAGACGGCUCCAUAAAACACGGUUCAGGAUCGUUUCUCUUCUUUCUUUUCCAGGCCCUUUGCUCAACCCUCUGAUUGUUUACUGUGCAAACCAACAAGAGCUGCAGAAAUGGCUUUACCACCUGGAGAAACAGAUCCAGCUCAACGGAGGAAGCUUAGAUUCCUUUCCCACCGAAGAGGUAAUAUACUUGAUCUCCACUACUUCUAGAGCAGGCUUCCCCAAACUCCGGCCCUCCAGAUGUUGCUGAACUACAACUCCUAUGAUUCUCAGCCUAUCUGUUUCAGUCAGAGAAUCAUGGGAGUUGUAGUUCAGCAACAUCUGGAGGGCCGGAGUUUGGGGAAGCCUGUUCUAGGAGCCUCUUGUCUGACUGUUCUAUCCGUAGAGUUUUUGAUUGAAGACACAUGGCGACUAGAAUGAUCAAGACUGUCUGUUGUGUGUUCCUGUUGUGCUAGAGGUCUUCGGUAAAAUAAGCAGGGUUAUAUGAGCACCCAGCACAAUAUUCAGACAGGGACAGCUGAUCCCACCUGUUGGCUGUAGAUAUGCAGCUGUGAUUAGCACAGAGGGGGCAUACACAUAGCUCCAGCUGUCACUGUAGGCAGCAACAUAUUAUUAACACUCCAUUUGGGGUUCCCUUAAUUUUACAUCAGCAGUUCCAGUUUUCGGGAGUUGGGGGGGGAAGGGUAGGUACAAAGCAUAUUUUAUCUCAAUUGCUGUAUGGAGUAAGCAAUCCUACUUCUUAAUCUGUAUAGUUUAAUGUUUGUAAAUUCUAAUAGUUAUUAGUGAAUUUGUAUCGGCUUCUAAUUUUUUUAUUGGACCAAAGGUAUUAAAACCUUAACAUGUGGGUAACGUGUGGGUAACGUGUGUGUGUGUAUGCAUAUUGGAAUUUGCAGAGUUCUUCAUAUAACCUGUUUUGACCACAUGCGCAGCAAUUCUAAUCACAGAUGAGAUAAAAGUUGGGAUGUUCGUCUUUCUGUAAGGCAGCUCUAUUUAGCUUUUUGUAGAAACAUUGUAGCUUGUAGCUGCAUGUGGCAGCCUUGUAGUGCUAAAUAAAGAUAGCUACCAGGGGUACAAGGAUCAAGAUUCUCCCUCCUUGACUGGCAAGCGUGAAAUGCUGGAAAGCCUGUCUGUGCCCCCUCUUUCACCUUCCAUGCUCCGCUCUGCCUUUGCACUUGUGUCUCCUGAAACUUUAGAAGGAGCUGCUAUGAGAACAGACAGUCCUGAACAGCAGCAACAGCUGUGAGCAAAGCAGCUUGACUUACGCUGCCGGCUCAGGCAAUACCUUGGUUGUUGGCACAGCUGCAAAACCGUAUUGGUCACACGCCCCGAUACUUGUCCGUGCCCCCUCUCUGGGUUUGCCUGUUAAUCACUUUAUAUUCUGAGUUCUAGUCCCUAGACAGUUAAUUGACAAGGGAUUGCCAAAUCUACAUUUUUAAGUAGUCUAGAUUCUGCAAUAAAACACAUUUAGUGAGUAAGCCUGUAAUGUUGAGUUUAUUUGCUUUGCGUUUGUAAAAUUAGCUACUUUUAAUUACUUAAUUAAAGCCAACUGCUUUUUUUUUAUUUAUUUUUUUAUCUGCAACCUUAAACGGCACAAUAGCUACAAUUUAUUAAAAUAAUCUUGAUUGCUGGUGAAUGAAUCAUUUAUUUUUUUAUUUUUUUUGUUGCUCAACCCUCGACUUACCAGAGGGCUAAGCCUGACCUGGUUUGUUGUUUUAAUUGGCAUUAAGUGCCAGUUGUGGGUAAUGUCAGUACCUGUAUAGAGAAUGCUCAUGUAGUAACUUGAAUUGCUAUGAUAUCAUGUUCUGGAAAUAUGCAAGCUGUAUUACAGAUCAUCGGCACACAAUUAUUAUUAUUGUUUUUAUUAUUGUACUGUGUGUGUAUACAAGUAUUUAUGUUACGGUUUUAUUUAUCUCUUUCCUAUAAAGGUGAUCAAUACCAGCAAUUUGGAGAAGUCGGAGCUCAGGAAAUCUGUUGAGAGCCAACCUGUGCAUGACUGGCAAGGGACUCAGAGGGAAUCUCUGGGACCCAUCGCAUGCAUCUCCAAAGUCAAGCUUCAGACCCUGCCAUUCCAGGUUAGUGCAUCCCUUGUCCAUGAGUCUGUUUUCUCACUCGGUCAUUAUAGAACUGGCUACGAUCCUGUAAUACCACAACAGCUUCUUAUUCAUGCAGCUUUGUUGGGUCCAGGAAUAAAAUGGAUGACGUUUGUCUCGCUAUGCGAUCAAAACCUUGUUUGUUUAUUCCUUGACCCAAUAAAGCUGCAUAAAUACUAAUAAUACUUCCUUAUUAGCCAAAGCAACACAGAGGGGAUGCUCUGCAGGAGACUCUUGUUUAACAUUAAAACAUUAAAAACUGUUUAAUGCUGAAUGAAAUGAUGGUACCAGGGACUCCAGACACUAUAACCAGUUUACUGAAAUGAAGCAGAUGCAGUGCUUAAGGUGUCCCUUUGAUCUCCGUUUUAUUAUCUGUAGAAAAAGUGUAAUUUUUACAAUGCUCUCUAGCGCCCUCUAAUGCCUGUAAUUUCUGCAGGAGCUGAAUGAAAGGCUACUGGUCCUUUACCCGUCCACGCUGGUCAUACUUUCUGAGGAUGGAAAAAAUCUUUGCUUCAAGGUAUGGAUUGUGUUAUGUCCAUUAUUGACUUCAAUUGCUAAAAUGUGUCAUGUCUAUAGUGAUUUAGUCAGAGUAUCCAAUGAUCUGUUUACUGUGGACCAUGGAACAUCUCGUCCACAAUGGCUGGAGUACUAGAGUUGGCUAUUACUCAUGUAGUUUACAGAGAUGGUUUAGAGUUUAAUACGCCAUUGUUACACUGAGCAGGGAGUGUGCAGAUUUGGCUUUCCAGCUGUUGUGUUAAAAAUCUCAUAAUUCUCUGGCAGUCAUUGUCUGCUUAAGAAUUCUUAAAUGUUUUCAUUCAGCUAUUUGAAGGACAGAGUCUAGACAACUACGUUUUUGAUUUGUGAAGUACAAAAAAAAGACAGGAUUAACCCUCCCCUCUCCCCAAUACUAUUGCUCUUCAGUUUCUUACAAGUCUCCAGUAUAUUUUAACCAACUGCACACCUGUAACAGGUGCUAAAACAAAACAAAAAUAAUUUGGGAUGUAGUGUUUUUUUUUUUUUUUUCUUUUCUUUGUUUUAUCAUUAUUUAUAAAGCACCAACAUGGUCUGCGGCAUUGUAUAACAAUUAGAAAAUGUUUGCAAAUUAGACAUUACCAUAUUUUACUUGAUUACAUAUGAUUUCACUAUAAUAGGACGUUGCUUGAACAUUUUUGACCCUUCUGGCUGUGAAGGUGUUAACGGAAAGGUCUUAUUCCUGUUAAUAUGCUGAAGUAUAGAUAAUGAUAGCUAACCUGCACAGUGUAAUCUGGCAAAUAUGAGAUAAGAAUCAUUCUCUGUGCAAAUAAAAGCAGGUUCUUAUCUCUGAUAAGUAGCAUAGGUAUGUGGUUAUUUUUUUUUAAAAUUUUUUUUUUUGCAAUCUUUACAAGUAUUCCCAUUUACUGUGAUUAGAACCCAAAAAUGAACCUAGAAAUAGGACUUCAGAUAGGAAUGGUAUUUAGCCUUGAAAUAUUCUUUGUUUUUUAAAGAUCCAGAUCAGAUACAAUCUACUGGCGGGUAGAGAAGUUGCGAACCGUCCGCGAACUUCUCGCGAACGGUUCGCCGCGAACUCAGGUCAGCUGACACAUCCCGGCCAAUCUCCAGCAGACCCUCCUACUUCCUGGACAGCAUCCAUGUUGAAGGCAGCUUCAACAUGGAUGCUGUCCAGGAGGUGGGAGGGUCUGCUGGAGAUUGGCCGGGAUGUGUCAGCUGACCGGAGUUCGCCGCGAACGGUUCGUGGUGAACCGUUCGCGAGAAGUUCGCGGACGGUUCGCGACAUCUCUACUGGUGGGUUUAGGAUACCACACUGAUUGUAACAACUGUUCCAACAACUUAAUGACUGACUGAUUUUAAGUUUCAAAAUAUAUUCCCGCCUUCCUCCUUUAACUCAUUAGGCUAGUGGCAAAGCUGUAAUGACCCCUACCACCUCCCUCGCUUUCACCAGUUAAAGUGGAACUGUCACUUUUGAAUUUUUCACAAAGAUAGAAUGUUUCUGAAAAAUUCCUAAAGGUCGUGUUGGAAUUUUAUUGGAAUUCCAGCACCAUAAAAACAUGUACAUGAGGCCAAGUAAGGACUGCUUUGUCUUAUGUGGGAGACAGUUAUUCGUACAAUGUGGUGGAGAACAAAUUGCCUCUAUGUGCUGUUUAUUCCCAUUCGCCAUCACUCGCAGUAUUCGCAUAUUCAGUGCGCAAUAGCUGCAUAUGAAAACCUGGAUGAAAAUUAUUCCAACACCAAGAGGUAAAUCUAGUUUCACAAUUCUGAUUUCAAUACAUUAUAAAUCACUGGUUAGUGAAUUAACCCCACCUUGUAUGGGCCAAGGAUAAUGAUCAACCCACCGCAAACAAAAAAAAAUAAAACUUUUCUAGCUGGGUCUCUGAUCUGUUCAGGACACUGAAUUGAAUGUUUUGAGUUAUAUUUUUACUUAUAUUCACUUUGUAUGUAAUGUUUUGUAAGUAAAACAUUGCUGCAAUAUCAUAGCUGUAAAUAGCAGUUUAUUUUUUAUUUUUUGUUAAAUUAAUUUUUUUUGCAAUGUUGAGUUCAUUGUCCGUUCCAAUAGUUGGUAUCCUAUAAUACGUGGUUACAUUUUAUUGCUUUUUAAAUCAGUGCACCUUUUGACAUUCUAUAAUUCCGGUCUGUAUGCGAUGGAUCAGAUAAGAGGUUUGCGUAUAUACCUUUUAUAUUCAGAGGAACCUGUUGUGAGUCACUAUGAGUGAUCAACAUAAGACUCACAACACAGGGAGGGGUGUGCCUGGGAACAGGAAACCAAAGUCUAAAUUACACCGACCUGAUCGGGAUUACUCCCUUUUUAUUGUGAAUUGUGGUUCGUUUAGCUUAACCCCUUAAGGACACAUGACAUGUGUGACAUGUCAUGAUUCCCUUUUAUUCUAGUUUGGUCCUUAAGGGGUUAAUCAUAACGUCAAACCAUAUCUAUAGAACCAGCACCUAUGAAAAACCUGUGUUUAUUCCCCCCCCCUCUCCCAGCAGAAUGAGGGUUUGGAUCCUCUUGCACUAUAGCAAGUUAUGUCUCUAUGAUUUAUGUACUGGUUUCUAUAUGAUGUGGGAAAAAUCCAUAUACAUUAUUCUUUUUUAUGAAUUAUGUCCUAAAAGUGCUCUUUUUAUUUUGUGUGUUUUCUUAUAAACUUACCUAUUUUCCUGUUUACAGGGUGAACUGCCUCUAAAAGCCAUUCGGGUGGUUUCUGAUGAAGCUGAAAAGCAAAAGAAGUCCUUCUUAAUUGAAGGUAAAGAUUAUUGACUGACUGUAAAGUUUAAUUUUGCUGAUGUAGAAUUUUAUUUGUGUAAAUACAGAGGUCACUUUAACUGGUGCCUGUGGGUACCUAAACUCCUUGUAUGCUCUGAUUUAGGGCAAAUGAUACAACGUUGUCACUAUGGCCACUAGCAAGUUAAAUUCCUAGAUCCAUUGCAGGUUAAUUAGCUAAAUGACACAAGAUUGUAACCGUGCUCUACAUCCACAGGAAGGUACAUCAAUACAAUCCGAGUGACCUGCUUCACUCAGUUUGACUUUGAAGAAUGGAUUGAUAACCUGAAACGAGCUCAGCAGCAAAACCGAGACUCGACUCUCUCAGGUUCAAGCAGUUUCGGUGGAUCACACUCUGCACAGCAUGAUCAGGUAUGUACUAUACUUGUUUCAGAUACAGAGUGAAACAAUGUAAUAUCAAGCCAAACAAUCCUUUCAUUCAUUUAAUGGGAGAUACAUUGUACGUUUUAUUUUAUUUACCUUUUAAUAAGCUUGAGAGAUCUUCACAUCAAGGUCCUCAAUCUCCCCCUUACAUGAGUAGAAGAGCCUUGUAGCUUGGCAUAUAUUUUAAAGCAUUACUCCAAGAACCAUGACCACUACAGCUUAUUACAGUAACCUGGCUCUCCCCCUUUGUAAGUGGUUAAACCAUUUUUAGGAAGGUUGACUUCUUGCCUGGCAUCAGCUGGGCCCCACUUGCGGCCUCCACUACAUCGGACAGAGAGCUGGAAGCUCUUUGUUUGAGCUAUGCUGGUGGCAUGGGACUUAACUCAUGAAAAUUGAUUGAAAGCUUCUAAGCAGGAACGUCUGAUUCUCCGGCAGAUGUAGUGGAGUCCAGCAGCAGUGCCAGGCGGCUCCCAUGUAAUUAGUCAAACCACUUUAAAACAGUUUGACUACUUACAAUGGGGGAUGCCAGGGUGUUCAUGGCACCAUUAGCACUACAGAGAGAGACUUGUGUGGAUUUAUGAUAGUUUGGUCAUGGUCUGACCAUUUAUUUAUCUUUAUCAACACAUGCAUAAUACAUCUCAGAGUGUGUAAAUAAAGUGUCCACCCAUUUUAAAAUUCUAACUUUUACCUCCACAGUUGACUGCAAGCUGUAGGAGCUCUUUCAACUCAGAUAGUCGUACAAAAUCCUGGGCAUCCGCAGGAAAGUUGCCCAACUCAAACCGUCAGUCCCACAGCACCACGCACGGCUCAGACUGGCAGUCGUUUGCUAUACUGAAUGAACCGCCUCAGGAUGAUCCACUCUCACCAGGAUAUGCACAACCUGUCCAUGUGAGUACUCAAAUUUGUCAACACCCCUAUACCACUUAAAUUUCGUUCCAAAUAUUUGUUUUAUAUCAGAGUACAAUAAAUUUAUGGUUAAAUGCAUUGGGCGCUUAAAUUUCAAAACUGGCUUUGACCCUUUUUCAAGAAUUAUAUGUACAAUAUAUAGAGUGGUAGGGUUUCCUUUGUCAUCAGAAAUAAAAAAUGUAACAUUCUUCUUAUCUUGCAGUGUAUGGCGAAUUCUCAACGUUCUGGAACAGGAAGUGGAGAGCUACAAAGAGGGGGCAGCAACCGAGGGUCAAAAGGAAGGCCUAACUUAUGUUUGCCCGCACCAUCGGCUCUGCCAGCAAGCUAUGACUUGGAAACCACUGCAUUUGAUUUGAUUCCUGAGACCCCCAGUGAAGAUCUCCUCUCCCCUGUAUACAAGGAGCCAUAUUCAUAUCAAAGAUCCCAAAAUCGGUCAGGAAAUGAAGACAAAGUAAGUUCUUACAUUUUCUAUGACGUUUUUUUUUUAUUUUUACCCUGGACCUUCAGCAUCUUUUAAUUGUGGUUGAAGUUCUAACUUUUGUCAUCCAUUGACUAUAAAAUAUUGUAUGUUGAUAAAAAAAAAAAAACUACUAUUCUAAAAUUAUUUGUCUCUAGGGAAAGUAAAUGUAUACCCGUGGAAAGCAAUUAUAUAUAUAUAUAUCUCUAUCUUGAGUGCUAAAAUGUGGUCUUGUGUCAGACCAAAACCAAGCGUCUCGACACACACUGAGUAAGAUUUAUGUAAACUUGUUCUUAGCCAAGCAUACAGAUCUACACGGCCAACCAACAAAGAACCUCUUUAGAUUUAUUACAGUGGUUACUGACCAAUAAUUUUCUGUUUCCUUGACGAACCUGGUGACUCAUUCUUUAAGUGAAAAAUUAGCUCAGUGACCCAUUCUUAAAAUGUAAUUAACAAUAAUGUUUGCAGUAAUUGUCUGUGAAUGUGUGUAUUGUCUUGGUUGUUUAAGGGAUGCUGUUUAACACCUGUGAAACCCUCUGUUCAGUUAAAUAGAUGGAGCCUCACCGACAGCCAGCCAUCUUCUCCUACUGAUUUAAACAGUCACGUUUUGUCAACGUCUCCAUUGUACGCCGAACCCUACACUCCGACAGUUCCACCAACAAACAGUUUUGUUGAGGAGGUAAGAGAUGCAUUCAUUCAUAAAGAUGUUUUCCUAUUACACAUAACUGUAUAAAUGACAGUGUAAGCUGGGUGUACUGUACAGAUGAACAGUUUCAGUGGGGAUACUUUGAAAAUAUAUUUGGGUAUCAAAGGGUACAUCCAUUGUUCAUUCACCCACACUAUUCUAAUGCUGACUUUUUGCUCUCCUUUUUAAUCUCCUAGAUUUUAAAGAACCUGAACUCAUGUCGAAGUGAGGUCUCACAUUUAAAGACAAAUGGAUCAUUCCAUGGGAAUCAGAACACACACCAAGCCCUGCUCAAGAAAAACUCUCAACCUGUGAAUGGAAGCCACAAGCUUGUGAAAACAGUGGUACAUAGAAACAGUGAUACGUCUGUACAUGGCAAACUUGCCCCAUCUUCACAGCCCUCAUAUUUCAAAAGUGUAAGUUCCCCAUACCCUUGUUGCCUGUUAAUUGUAUAUAAAGUAGAAUAUGGUGCAUUUAACCCCUUAAGGACACAUGACGGAAAUAUUCCGUCAUGAUUCCCUUUUAUUCCAGAGGUUAAUGGGUUAAAAGACACUUCCAUUGCAUGCAGAUGUUCCUGACCCUUAUCCUACACCAGUUCCCCCUCCUCCCUCCGAUUAGUCCAGGAUUUAGGGAUUACCCGGUUUUGUGUAGUCUAAGUGUUUUUGUUUUUUUGUUGUUUUUGUUCCAGAAAUACAUCUUGGACUCAACUGGUCAAUCUCUAAAUUCUGGACAAGGGUUGGAAAGGGCAGCAGGGGGAGGGAACAUGAGGACUUGUUUGUGAACUACUGUUCUACAUGAAAAUAACAUGGUGGCAAAUAGGCAUCUUUUCAGAUACAGAGUAUUUGCAAAAUUAGUAGAAAGUGCAUAGAUAACAUUUUAUUUGGAGAUUCUCUCAUUAUACUUGUGUUCUGUUAAAUUACAGAAAUUUAAUUUUUGAAUGAUAUGAUCUGCAGUAGACUUGUGCACAAAUCCUUUUCACCUGCGAGAAACGAGUACAAUUUCUGUUAAUCUACACCUGAACAAAUUGAUCCGUCGCGUAAAUCCCAGACGGAUCAAUUUGUUCAGACGCAGACUCGCUUGAAUUUUAAUUCGUUUGUUGCAGGUGGUAAAGAUUUGUGCAAAAGUCAGCAAUGUAAUUUGGAUAUUUUUGGUUUUUACAAAGUUACAGAACCUUUUAAAGCAAAUCCAUGUGAUGUAAAGAUUAAAUUCUAUAUCUAUGCAUCGUCAUCUGAUAGAACCACUUUAACCUGCCAUCGGUCUGUACACUACUCAGCAGAUUAUUCUCCUGUAAUAACGCUCCACUAUGUGUAAUGCAUAGGUCAGUUUAAAGUUUCUUUAUUAAUUAUUUUAGUAUUGUUAGGGCUCAAGUAUUUUAUCAAAGACAAAAAAGAAUGGGUUUGCCUAAACCUGGUCUGGAAGUGUUUAAAUCUUUCUAAUUUGUAUAUUAAUAGCACUAAAUAUGUUUUUUUGUUUUUUUUUCCCCAGGUAUCCGCUCUGAAGGAAGAACUUGCCAUGUCUCAUCGCAACACCGAAGGUAAUCUUCCUUUAGUGUAGAUGUAUUAUUAUUAUUAUUAUUAUUAUUAUUAAUUAGAUUCUAACAGUUACCGGAUUUUAAGAGCAUUUGCAAUUCCACGUUUUAAGUUUUAAAUUCAUGCUAAGCAUUGACAAAAUGUCCAUUUAUAUAUGCUUGCUGUAUAUAAAACCCAGCUAUUUGCUGAAAUGUCUUUAAAGGGAAAUUAUUGAACUCCUUACACCAAACAAAUUUAGAUACUUUUUUAUUUAUUUAUUUAUUUUUGCUAGACAGCAACCAAUAUUAGUCACUGUUUUUAGUCUGUUGAUUGUCAUCAUGGAAAAAGCAGGAGUUCAGUUGUCUUUCUGGUCUCCUUCUGUUUUUUUUUUUGGGUUUUUUUUGUGGUUUAUUUAUUUUUUAUUUUUUUUAAAUAAAGUUGAUUUUUUUUUUUUUUGCUGUAUAGUGGAGUGGCAAAUUAAACUAAGCCCCAAGGCAGAAACAAUCUCUGCCCUCAAAUCAGAAGCCCUUCUCCAUCCCUUGCAUAUAUAAAGAAAUGGUACUGCUUGCUGAUAUUGCGUAUAUGUUUACAAGCCCCUUACCUUUGUUGCAUUUUCACCCCUACAGUUGAAGACAUGUUUGAUUUGCCCUCAUCUGGAAGCCUGUAUCCCGAAUCUCUGGAUCACGAUUACGCAGAGCUGCAGAGUUUUCAGAGUGACCGCAGUUAUGACAAUAUUUGGGACUAUGAAGCCAAGGAGAAAGACCUAAAUCAGUUCCCUCCUCCUCCUUACUUGGGUAACAAUCACACUGGAUGGCAGCAGAAAAAGACUGUUCCCAGCAGCUGGUUAUAAGUGGGACCUUUGGUAGAACUAAACAACGUAUCUGGUGCGAAGAAAUGUGAAGCUAAACUGGUUUAUCUCACGGGUGGACGUUUGAGCUGAAAGUACUGUUGCAGAGUAUGACCAAGGCAUAAUUUCUUCCCUGCCAGAUGGGCUGAUUCGAUGAUUACUGCACUGUUCGCUCGGGGUAUAUUUGAAGCAGUCGUUUUAUGACAAAUCAUUGAGAUCUUGCAAUAGUAACUUAUAGUAUAAAUUUCUGCUUAGCGAACAACGGCUACUUCACUCACUCCAGUGAUUACUUUUUUUUUUGGUUAUUGUUUGUAUAUUGCUAAAUAUGAAAGUAUUAAAUUGAUAAAAUACAUCAAUUUCUGUUAUUUAGCCAUGUUGGUGCCAAAGGGUUGCACAGUUCAUUGAAAUGGUUACUACCAUACUGCCAAGCUGACCACGAAUAUUCAAACUGCCUUCUUCACUUUGGUGUUGUAAUUGUGCGUUUGUCUUUAACACCGGAACACAGCAGUUUGGAUUUUAUUUUUUUGUGCAACAUGUGCUUUUUCAUACACUGCCCUGUAUCAUUGCCUGACUCACAGGCGUCGCUCCUAUUUUCCUUGAGUGCUGGUCCUUCUAGGAUGCAACACUCCCUUGUUUUUCUAGAAAAACCACAAUCCCCAAAACAAACACUUCUUUGCCAACAGAAAUACAGCCCUACCUAAUGGCCAAUGACUGCUGUGGAUAUUUGGAGUUGGACUGCAAGUUCUUUUUUUUUCUUUCUUUCUUUUUUCUAUUUUAUAGAUUGUGGUUACUAAAUUGGUUCAAAUCACAGAUCAUUAAUAGGACACAGAGAUGCUCGUUUUAAUUUAGUUUUUAAGUAUACCAACACUUUUAGGGUCACCUACUUCCUGCCUCUAUAACUUCUCAUGUUUACUCCUCCAAUGUUUUGGGGUGUGGCUUUCUUCUUCGAUGAUGUUUGUGAUAGUUUUAUGGUUCUUUUACAUCUGAAAAACGGUUAUUGUAAAAUAUAUUUAAUUAUUUGGUUUAUUAUUUAGGCGUAAAGACCUAAUUUUUUUUUUUUUAUAUAUAUACUGGUUUAAAGGGUCGUAUUGUAAGCCUAUUUAAUAUUCUGUUAAUAUUUAUUAAGAACAUAUUUUGUUUUGCACUGUAAGAACUGUACAGAAUUUUGUAUCAAUUCUAAUUUUUGUAAGAAUUAAG